CGUCAUCUGGCCCUGUCAGAGGUGUGUCACUGUCACAAUCACAAUUUUUUGGAAUUUAAUGGGCACUCGAAGCAGCAAAAUCGUUCAAACCACAAAAAUGGCGAGUUCCGGAGACGUUCAGCAAUUCAUCAAAACAGUUAUUAGUCAAGACAAGGUGGUCAUCUUUUCGAAAUCCUACUGCCCUUACUGUAAACUGGCUAAAGAUGUAUUCGGCAAGGUCAAACAACCAAUCAAAGUUUACGAACUUGACGAGCGUAAUGACGGAGACGCCAUCCAGGAUAACCUGGCGCAAAUAACCGGAUUUAGAACCGUACCUCAAGUAUUCAUCAAUGGGAACUGUGUAGGAGGUGGCUCGGAUGUGAGCGCCUUACAUAAAUCUGGAAAACUAGAGCCUAUGCUCAUUGGUUAAAGUGUAAUUUUAAUUAAUUUGAAACAAUCCAGCCAAAAGCUUAAGAUCGAGUAAAAUAUAUCUCAUGUUAUACAUUUAUAAAAUCUAAAUAAAUACUUUACCACUGUUUUUAGCAUCAAGUACAAUGAGUGCCCUAUUUUUUGAGCAAAACAAAAUAAAUUUUAGUUCACUUGCUGGCUUCUUUGUUUCAAAACACAAAAAAAACGCAAAACAUUUUUACUUAAAAAAAUUGUAACACAAA